CAAAUGAUGAUCAAAGUCAACUGACAAACUGUCACGGAAUCUGCCAGACCUCACUCUGGCCUUGCCGCUUCUCUCCAGCUCCUGAACUUUUCUUCCUUUCGUCAUGCUCUGAGCCCAUUCCUUGAAAACUAAAAGGUCCCUGACUCCUGGUCUGCAGCCAUCCUGGGCCUGCUGAGCUCUGAUUCAAGUGCCUGCCUCUGCCCCUUGGUGGGCUGAAGCUUCAUGGAGGUAUCCUCCAACCCCUCCUCCAACAUCGAUCCAGACAACUAUGUUGAAAUGAAUGAUUCAAUCACCCACCUACCCUCUAAAGUGGUGAUACAAGAUAUUACUAUGGAGCUACACUGCCCACUGUGCAAUGAUUGGUUCCGAGACCCACUGAUGCUAAGCUGUGGCCACAACUUCUGUCAAGCCUGUAUCCAAGACUUUUGGAGGCUGCAAGCAAAGGAAACAUUCUGUCCUGAGUGUAAGAUGCUAUGUCAGUAUAGCAACUGUACAUUCAACCUUGUACUGGACAAGUUGGUAGAGAAGAUUAAGAAGUUACCCUUACUCAAGGGCCAUCCACAGUGCCCAGAGCAUGGAGAGAACCUGAAACUGUUCAGUAAACCAGAUGGGAAACUGAUCUGCUUUCAAUGCAAGGAUGCUCGGUUGUCUGUGGGGCAGUCUAAGGAGUUCCUGCAAAUCUCUGAUGCUGUCCGUUUCUUCAUGGAGGAGCUUGCCAUCCAACAGGGUCAACUGGAGACAACUCUGAAGGAGCUUCAGUCCCUGAGGAACAUGCAGAAGGAAGCUAUUGCUGCUCACAAGGAAAACAAGCUACAUCUGCAGCAACAUGUGUCCAUGGAGUUUCUAAAGCUGCAUCAGUUCCUGCACAGCAAAGAAAAGGACAUUUUAACUGAACUCCGGGAAGAGGGGAAAGCCUUGAAUGAGGAGAUGGAGCUGAAUCUGAGCCAGCUUCAGGAGAAAUGUCUCUUAGCCAAGGAUAUGUUGGUGAGCAUUCAGGCAAAGAUGGAACAAGAGAACUCCUUCGACUUUCUCAAAGACAUCACAACUCUCUUAGAUAGCUUGGAGCAAGGAAUGAGGAUGUUGGCAACCAGAGAGCUUAUUUCCAGAAAGCUGAACCUGGGCCAGUACAAAGGUCCUAUCCAGUACAUGGUAUGGAGGGAAAUGCAGGACACUCUCUGCCCAGGCCUAUCUCCACUAACUCUGGACCCUAAAACAGCUCACCCAAAUCUGGUGCUCUCCAAAAGCCAAACGAGCGUCUGGCAUGGUGACAUUAAGAAGGUAAUGCCUGAUGAUCCAGAGAGGUUUGACUCAAGUGUGGCUGUGCUGGGCUCAAGAGGCUUCACCUCUGGAAAGUGGUACUGGGAAGUAGAAGUAGCAAAGAAGACAAAAUGGACAGUUGGAGUUGUCAGAGAAUCCAUCAUUCGGAAGGGCAGCUGUCCUCUAACUCCUGAGCAAGGAUUCUGGCUUUUAAGACUAAGGAACCAAACUGAUCUAAAGGCUCUGGAUUUGCCUUCUUGCAGUCUGGCACUGACUAACAACCUCGACAAGGUGGGCAUAUACCUGGAUUAUGAAGGAGGGCAGGUGUCCUUCUACAAUGCUAAAACCAUGACUCACAUUUACACCUUCAGUAAUACUUUCAUGGAGAAACUUUAUCCCUACUUCUGCCCCUGCCUUAAUGAUGGUGGAGAGAAUAAAGAACCAUUGCACAUCUUACAUCCACAGUAAUGAGCCAUACUAUUAUACAAAUUCAGAGUGUGAUUAAAGAGGUAUUGAAAUAUUU